AUGCGGCCAUUUUUCCCCGCAAGAGCUUUUUUAUUGCCGCUUUCCCUCUUUUUCCUCUCGAACUUGAAUUCCUCUGCGGCGUGGCGGCACCCCGCGGGCGCCGGCGGCGCGGCGCCCCUGGUCGUGGAGGAGGAAGAGCCGUACAGCGAAACUGUGCGGGUCCUGGCCGACGCGAUCAAGCGGCAAACUGCGCGAAAUGCCCGCGUCGGGGGGGCCCUCGUGGCUUCUAAGGCCAGGGCCUACGAAGCCAGCGAGCUGCUGCAUGCAGAGCAUCUUUCGCAGCUGCUGCAGGGCCUUGCUGCGGACUUGCAAGCAGCAGAAGCAGCAGCAGAGGAGGCGCAGCAGCAAAUUGACGGGGAGCGGCUGCGGCACGCGGAGGCGAAGGCGCAGAUCGCAGCAGACGCGCAGCAGCAGCUGCAGCAGCUGCAGCAGGAAGAAGCUGCUGCGCUGCAGCAGCAGCACCUGGCAGAGGACAAGCUGCUGCAGACAGAAGCUGCUUUGAAGGCUGGGGAAGAACAGCUGGAAGCAGCAAGAGAGCAGCACAAAGAGCUGCAGCAGCAAGCAGCAAAAGACGAGGACAAAGUCCUGCAGCUAAUUGAAAAAGACCGAGAAGCAGCAGCAGAGGAAGAGGAGGCUCAGGAAGCAAAAGAAGAAAGUGAAGAAGGUGAGAAAGCAGCAGCAGCAGCAGCAGCAGCAGCAAAAAAGAAAAACCAAAAAUGCCUUCUGCAGCAAACGCCUGAACCCGCCUGCUGUCUGUACACCUCGAGGACUCCGCUGCUGCGCCCAGUCUGCAGCAGAAGAGCUGCCCCUCCUGUUCAAAACCCUAAACCCUAA